AACAAUAACAAAACAAAAAAUAAUUGCACACCAUAUUUGUCCAGAUGCACCGAUUGCAGUUUACCCAUUGUGCGGCUUCCAUUGGCGGUUUCAGUAGUGGAUGCAUACACCGGCAAUGCAUACCGCUGCGGCACGUCGUUACGGUUGUGCUGUGUGGAAGAGCUAAGCGCCGAAUGCGGACGGCUUGCCGGAUCCGGCUCGUACUUGUGUGCGCGCGCGUCUGUGUGUAUGUGUCUGUGUUUACUUAAAAGUGUCCCUAAACUCUGUGUUUAGAGCCGCGCUUUGGAAACAGUGAAGUGCGAAGUUUUUCAAAACUGCUGAUAAAAAAAGGUCUCAAGUGUGCUUGCUAUUUUCUUCUUCAAACAUUCCGCAGUAAGCUCCAUCAUGACAGGCGAACAACGAGCAACAACAGCCAGAGGAGGUUUACUUAAAACGAUCGAGAGGUAGUCAACAAAGCUGAAAAUGAAGUCUGUAGAUAGUCAAAAACAACGAAUCAAAACGAUACCGGUAGUAGAAGAUCGAGGGCGAGUGGAAUUGUGGAUGUUGCAAUGACUUCUACAUCACGUUUAAGCGCGCGAACGUUCGAACAUUGCGCGAAGCUUAUCACGUUUGAUUUUGUGUACGGGCUUGAUUCCACCAUUUGAUGACGGCAGCGAAACAAUGUGCGCCUAUAUGUGCCGUGGACAACACACACACACAUACACAGACUGUAAGCUAGCACGACAAAGUCGCAAAAGUCACCUCAAGCGGACCGGCACGACACGCUGCCUCCUACAAUGGGUCGAAUCGGCGAUAAACAUCCCCGAGAGCAGGACGCCGCAGAUAGUGCCGAAGCCCGUCUUCCGCAUGACGGUCGAGUUCAGCAUUACCCAGUCGAUGAUUACGAUCAAGGUGCAGAACUUUUGCUCCCAAAUACUGAUACUACGCUCCAUCUACCUCUACUACGAAACGAGCAAGCGUGUCGUCCUGUUCGGCGGCGUCCUGCGCAUGGUGCCCGGCUACGAGUUUGCGAUGGAAAAGGAGAUCCACGAAAAGGAGGAUCGCUCGUACCAUGUGGUAUUCCUUUCCGAUCUGCUCGGCACACCGUACCGGUUGCGGGAAACCGUCAUGAUUCAUCUACUGUCGCCGAGAAAAGCGCGCGGCCCCCCGCUGACACUGUCCAAGCUCCCCGUGUUCCCGGUGCCGGAGUACGUGCAGGAAGUGUAUCUGUACGGCUUUCUGGAGAAUCCACACUACAGCCGCAACGCUUCGCUGUGGCUGGAGCGGCUGAAAGCGUACCGAGCGAAGCAACUGAAUGCGGACAAUCUGACCGACUAUCUGCGAUCGCUGGACCAAAUUGACGAAUUUGACAGCCACCUGCAGAUGCUGCGCUACACGGUAGAGAACGGCACGCUGGAGGAGCGGCUGCCGAAGGAAUACGUUCUUACGAUCGACCAGUUCAAGGUGCCGCCCGUCCUGCUCGAGGUCGGCAGCCACGUGCAGGUAAACUGUGGAGUGAUCGGUCGCAACCACGGUCCCACCAUCGUACGGGGCACGAUCGUCGAGCGCAGCUCCAUUAUACUGAUCGAGACAGAAACUCCGCUCAAAACGUUACGCUCGCUGAAGAUCGAGUUUCCGCUGAACCGCCUCCAGUACAAGCUGGAGUACACGGCGCUUGUACACAUGAGCCGGCUCGAUUUUAGCAGCAUCCUGUUUCCGAAGAUCGAAAGCGCGAAACCAAAAGCGCCUGCCAAGACGUUCGACGAAGCGGUGAUUACUGAGUUCGACUGGUUCCAGUCAUGCGUUGCCGAGAAUGAGCAGCAAACGCAGGCAAUCAAAAACAUCGUCAAUCGGACGGCCUACCCCGCACCGUACAUUCUUUUCGGGCCGCCCGGCACGGGCAAAACCUGCACCAUCGUCGAGGCGGUACUGCAGAUCUGGAAGAUGCGGCCCAAGUCACGCAUCCUCGUAACGGCCACGUCCAAUUAUGCCUGCAACGAGCUGGCGAAGCGGCUGCUCAAGUACGUCACCGUGAACGAUCUGUUUCGCUACUUUUCCCAAACCUCCCAGCGGGACAUUAACGGAAUGGAUCUGAAGGUGGUGCAGGUAUCGAACAUGCACUACGGCAUCUACGAAACGCCGGCCAUGCAGGACUUUGUGCAGACGCGCAUCCUCGUCUGCACCGUCAUGACUAGUGGCCGGCUGCUGCAGCUCGGAGUCAAUCGGUCCAUGUACGAUUACAUCUUCAUCGACGAGUGUGGCAGCUGCCGGGAGCUGAGCGCCCUCGUACCGAUCGGGUGCGUGGGAACGGAUACGAUCAACAACAGGCUGCAGGCGAGUGUCGUGCUGGCCGGUGAUCCGCUGCAGCUCGGGCCCGUCACGCGCAUGCCGUAUCUGCGCGAUACGCCACACAACGCGUCACUGUUGGAGCGGCUGAUGAAGCGGCCGGUCUAUCAGAAGGAUGCCAACAACAACGAGUACAGCCCGCACAUGGUGACGAAGCUGCUGGACAACUACCGGUCGCACGAGUCCCUGUUCCGGUUUUCCAACCAACAGUUUUACGACGCGGAACUGCGGGCCAAGGGCGACCCGACGAUAACGCACUGGGCUGUGAACUGGCACCAUCUGCCCAAUCGCAAGCUCCCGAUGCUGUUCCACUCGGUGGUCGGCUUCAUGCAGCAGGACUCCAUCUCGCUCAGCUACUGGAACGUGCAGGAAGCGCAGCUGGUGUACCAGUACGUGCAAAUACUGAUGAAGGAGGAAAUUAACGGUCAAAUUGUGCGGCAAGAGGACAUUGGCAUCGUAACGCCCUAUUCGAAGCAGGUGGAGUUCAUUAAGAGCGGGCUGGCCACGCUCGGGCUGGACAACAUUGAGGUCGGCUCGGUGGACCAGUACCAGGGGCGGGAGAAACCGGUCAUCAUCAUAUCGGCCGUACGGUCCAAUCGCACCACAGUCGGAUUUUUGGCCGACCCGCGACGGCUCAAUGUCGCGCUGACCCGCGCCCAGGCACUGACGAUCGUCAUCGGCAAUCCGGAAAACUUGAUGAGAAACGUCACGUGGUACAACUUUUUGAAAAUGAUGAAACAAAACCGCGCCAUCACGGGCAUCAGCUUUAACCUGACCAAGCGCCAUCUGGUGCCGGUGGAGGAAGGUGGAAGCGAAACUAUGGACGGGUUGGAUUUCGCAUAGCGCACGUUUCGCCGGAUGGAACUUGCAGAUGUGAACAGAUUUAUUUUCUUUACGUUGUUAUUGUUUAAGCAGAUAUUAUUUACCCAUAACGAUAAAACAUAUUCUUAUACAACUUUAACGAAUACAACGGUAGGUUUCCGUUUGAAAUCAA